ACCCGCAGGCCGCCCCGCCGGCUCCCGGGAGGUUGAUAAAGCGGCGGCGGCGUUUGACGUCAGUGGGGAGUUAAUUUUAAAUCGGUACAAGAUGGCGGAGGGGGACGAGGCAGCGCGAAGGCAGCCGCAGCAGGGGCUGAGGCACCGGCGACAGACUAGCGACUCGAGCGUCGGGGUUAACCACGUCUCGUCCACGACCUCCCUAGGUGAGGAUUAUGAAGAUGAUGACCUAGUAAACUCAGAUGAGGUUAUGAAGAAACCAUGCCCAGUGCAGAUUGUUCUUGCCCAUGAAGAUGACCAUAACUUUGAGCUUGAUGAAGAGGCUCUGGAGCAGAUAUUGCUACAGGAACACAUACGGGAUCUUAACAUAGUCGUGGUAUCUGUGGCAGGAGCUUUUCGUAAAGGGAAAUCAUUUCUCCUGGACUUCAUGCUUAGAUAUAUGUAUAACAAGGACUCUCAGAGCUGGAUUGGUGGGAACAAUGAACCACUGACUGGCUUUACAUGGCGAGGAGGUUGCGAAAGAGAAACAACAGGCAUACAAGUUUGGAAUGAAGUGUUUGUGAUUGACAGACCUAAUGGAACAAAAGUGGCUGUGCUGCUAAUGGAUACCCAGGGUGCCUUUGAUAGCCAGUCAACCAUUAAAGACUGUGCUACCGUGUUUGCUCUCAGCACUAUGACCAGCUCUGUCCAGGUAUAUAAUUUGUCUCAGAAUAUUCAAGAAGAUGAUCUUCAACACCUUCAAUUAUUUACAGAGUAUGGAAGACUUGCAAUGGAAGAGAUCUACCAGAAGCCAUUUCAGACGUUAAUGUUUUUGAUUCGAGAUUGGAGUUAUCCUUAUGAACAUUCAUAUGGCUUGGAAGGUGGGAAGCAGUUCCUUGAAAAGAGACUGCAGGUAAAACAGAACCAGCAUGAAGAGCUACAGAAUGUCAGGAAGCACAUUCACAACUGCUUCUCCAAUCUCGGCUGCUUCCUUUUACCACAUCCUGGGCUUAAAGUUGCCACGAACCCCAGUUUUGACGGACGACUGAAAGAUAUCGAUGAAGAUUUUAAACGAGAGCUUCGAAAUCUGGUUCCAUUGCUGCUUGCUCCUGAAAAUCUUGUUGAGAAAGAGAUAAGUGGAUCUAAAGUCACUUGUAGAGAUCUUGUAGAGUAUUUUAAGGCAUACAUUAAAAUAUAUCAAGGCGAGGAACUGCCACAUCCAAAGUCUAUGCUUCAGGCAACAGCUGAGGCUAACAACCUUGCAGCAGUAGCAGGAGCACGAGAUGUCUAUUGUAAAAGUAUGGAGCAGGUAUGUGGUGGUGAUAAGCCGUACAUUGCACCUUCAGAUUUGGAACGAAAACACCUGGAUCUCAAGGAAGUGGCACUCAAACAGUUUCGUUCUGUGAAAAAAAUGGGUGGAGAUGAAUUCUGCCGCCGUUAUCAGGACCAGCUUGAAGCUGAAAUCGAAGAAACCUAUGCAAAUUUUAUAAAGCACAAUGAUGGCAAAAAUAUCUUCUAUGCUGCUCGUACCCCUGCCACACUGUUUGCAGUCAUGUUUGCUAUGUACAUCAUCUCAGGACUGACUGGCUUCAUUGGCCUAAACUCUAUAGCUGUCUUAUGCAACCUCGUCAUGGGGCUAGCACUGACGUCCCUUUGUACUUGGGCAUAUGUUAAGUACUCUGGGGAGUUCAGAGAAAUUGGAACAAUGAUUGAUCAGAUUGCUGAAACACUAUGGGAACAGAGGAGUCCCAGGAAGGUGUUUUCCAAACUGUUUGAAGUCACUAGACGUCGAAUGGUCCACCGUGCUCUCUCGUCAGCACAGCGACAGAGACUGUCAUCCAACAAUAACAAGAAGAGAAAUUAGACAGUAUUUUUAACUUUUUUCUCUAUCUGAAGUGUUCACACUUAUACAUGUAGGACAAUAAGCAGGACCGUCUGGGCCGGUCUGCUAAUGCUGUAUACAUACCAGAUUUGAUGCUGCACAUAGGGUAUGGAUUGCACAUCCGUCUCAUAGGAUUUGUAAAUGGUUUGAAUAAGAGGAAAGUAAUUUUUGUUGCAUUAUAAAAUGUCUUAACUGUGUUGUUUAUAGCAUCAUAACUUUUUCUUUCUUUUUCUUUUUUUGGGAGAAGCAUCUUUUUAUUUCUCACAUUCCUGAUUAUUUUUGUCAUUGAUUUAAAUUGAAUUUUUUAUAUCUGCUUUUAUAUGUACUCUUUUUUUACCUCAUGUUUUUAUUUGUUUUGCACAUUUCUCAUACCACAGGUAUUGAAGCCCCUGGGUGAUAAUUUGAUGGAGGAAAACAUAAGGCAGUCUGUAACAAACUCUAUCAAAGCAGGCCUGACUGACCAGGUGUCUCAUCAUGCCCGAUUAAAGACAGACUGACAGUUCAUCUCCUCCUGGACUCCACUCUCCCUUGUUCAUGCUUGCUGUACAAUGAGAACUCAGAUAAAAUAAACCAAAGUUUACAAUCAACUGUAGAAGUAGUUUAGUGUCACUGGCUUCACAGAUGGCUGCCACAGAGUGUGAACAUUGUGUGUUGGUUUCAGCCUUCUCUCGAUGUCUCCUUAGAUGGGCGAUCAGCUCAGGAGCACUAGUUUAUCAUGCACACUGUGCCAGGUUUAAUUCUUUUCUUUCUUUUUACCGAAUUUAAUGUUAGUGAAAUUUGUCUUAUGUAAAAGGAUAUUUCAGGGAAAUAUUUUAAGAAAUCUAUUUAGAGUCUCUUUAAUAUAGCGUCCCAUUGAAAUUUUAAUUUUUAGAGAAUUUAUGAAUCACUGUAUCAAGAAUCAGAUCGGAAUGACAAUGAAGCCUUUAUUGAGCCACUACAUUAAAAGUGUAUAUUGCUUUACUGCCUUCAAUGCCAGUAUUACAUAAAUGCAUGUAUCAGAAACUUCACAGAAAUCACAUGACAACUCUUGUAGCUGAGAAGGUAAUUCUGAGGUGUACAUUUGUCUUGCCUUUUUAAAUUUGUAAACCUGCCCUGAAAGGAGAUGCAUUAUCUGGGAAACUGAACUGUCUUUUUGCAGUUUAGCCUUCAUGUACAUAAAAUAUGCCAUUAAUUUUAUUGGGGGAGAAAUUCCAUCCAAAAAUGUUGCCUACAGCUAUGAGUUAAGAGUGUCUGUACAGUGUGUAGCUUUUAUUUUCUAAAAAUUACAGGUAGGGCAUGUAUAUGAAUUAUAAAUAUAUAAAUACAAUUUUGUAUUAAAAGUUUUGUAGUUUAUGGCAAAAUCUGGUUCUGUGGUAGGCUAAUAAGUACAGUCCUGUGAAAGGAAUGUUUGUGGCUCAUGUCAGUGUGUGAAUGCAUAGACAAUUUGAAGUUUUGAUAUAUUUGUGAUAUUUAUCUUCCUUGAGCACUGCAAUCUCACCCCCAAGAGAAUUCAAUGGGAAUGUUUUAUUGUGACUUGUCCUCUGUUGCAUUUUAAAGUUAUUUCCUGUAAUUUAUUUUCAGUACAUAAUUAAAAAUUUGUUGUAUAUAUAAAAUGAAAGUUGUGAUUCUUUUUUAAGGAAUUUCUUCAAGUGUGUAUCUCACCAUAUAACUCGUAUUUGUUCAUGCUGAGAAGAGUGUGGGUUAGGGAGUACCCAGUUAGAGCUCAAGGUAUUGUACUUUAAAGCUGAGCGUGUAGAAUUAUUUUUCUGUGUCUGUAUAUGUAAGGGGUAUUUUUGUGAUAGGCUAUCUGGGGAUUUAUUAAUUUUAAUCUUCUCUCCAUUUCUACCCCACCCUCCUGUGUGUGUGUGUGUGUGUGUGUGUGUGUGUGUGUAUGUGUGUGUAUGAGAGAGACAGAGAGAGAGAGAGAGAGAGAGAGAGAGAGAGAAUUAGAAUGAAUGAAUAUAUUUUUGGGUGUUAUAUGUGAAGCUACCCUUUUUUUCAGUGCUUAUAACCUCCUUUACAGAGAUCUAUUAAAUCACUCCUGUGUGGUGUUUAAGAGAAUUCAGAUGGUGAGUUGCAUGCAUGAAAGGUCUGAGUUUGAUUGGUUGGCGUAGCUUCCCUUCCACUCCAACCCAGUCCUGCUUUAUAUGGAUUGUAUUUUUCAUCUGUAGUAAACAGCUGCCUUCUCAUCUGUUCCUAUCCAGAAAGAAUCCAUCCAAAAGUCUAUUUAUUUCUCUGACCACAUUGUUUUAUGAAUGCUGUAAAUUGUUUUUAUGAAUGAAAAAUAAAAAGUUUGUUGUAUACUA